UCGCGCUCGUGCCCGCGCCGUCUUGAAUUUGUCCCGCGGAUGCACGCGCCAGCGUGCGCGCGUGUGCGGUCCCGUUUCGGAACGAGCACAAGCGGACGUAGCUCAGCUCGAAGGCUCGGAAACCUGCGGACGGCUUUCGAGUUGCGGGUUUGACGCGGCGCGGAGUGAGGAGAAAGCGGCGCACCGGCCGGCCGGCCGCCUGUUCCGGGCUCCUUCGCGAAGUCCGAAUCGCCCUUUUGUGUGUGUGCGUGUGUGUGUGUGGGGAUUAAAACCCCAAAUGGGCCGCUGCCGUGACACCGCGGAGGUGCUUGUGUGAACCAUGGCGGGGCUCCACACUUCUUCCGAGGCGUCUGGACAUUUUCUGGACUUGAGCCGGCCGACGCAAGCCUCCCUCGACGGCGGCGGAGGAGGAGGAGGAGGAGGAGGAGGAGGAGGAGGAGGCGGCGGCGGCGGCGGCGGCGGCGGCACCCGGCCCUACUUGGAAGUGUCGGCCGGCGCCGCCCGGGGCUUCGCAACCCAGCGAGUGUACAGCAACGGCCGGUACCUGGAGCACAGCAGCCCGACGGUAGGCGCUCGCAGCCCGACGGUAGGCGCUCGCAGCCGGGAGCCGUCCACGGAGAGGAGCCAGGGAGGAGCGAACACACCUUGCGGCAUCAUGAAGGACGGGUCCAAGCAGAGGCAGGUGAGGAAAAAGACAGUCUCCUUCAGUUCCAUGCCGAGUGACCGGAAGAUCAACAGCACGGCGGCAUGCAUGGCUUUUAUGAUGGAGGGCUGCGAGAUGAAGAAGGUGCGCUCCAACUCGCGCAUGUACAACCGAUACUUUCUGCUGGAUCCGGACAUGCACUGGCUCCGCUGGGAGCCCUCCAAGAAGGACUCAGAGAAGGCAAAGCUCGAGAUUAAGAGCAUUAAAGAGGUCCGAUUAGGGAAGAAGACCCCAGUCCUUCGCAGCAAUGGUCUGUCUGAUCAGUUCCCAGAUGAAUGCGCCUUCUCGAUCAUCUAUGGGGACAACUAUGAGUCACUGGAUUUGGUUGCCAGUACAGCUGAUGUGGUCAGCACCUGGGUGAUGGGGCUGAGAUAUCUGGUUUCUUAUGGCCGUCACUCCGUUGGCAUGGUAGAACCCACCCAACCAAGUGUAAGGACAUCUUGGAUUAGCUCAGUCUUUGAGCUCGCAGACAUGGAAAAAGACAGACACAUUGACCUUUUCAGGGCCACUCAAAUUAUCAAGGGGCUCAACCCCGGAAUGAAAGAGGCGAUGAUAGAACUCAAGUUCAAAGAACUCCAGAAAGCUAAAGACCAAUACGGUGAGGCAAUUAACAUGGACACAUUUGUGGAGGCUUACUGUGAACUCUGUACACGUCCAGAAAUUUUCUUCUUGCUGAUGCAGUUCUCCAGCAACAAGGAGUACUUGGACUGUAAAGACCUGAUGCUAUUUGUAGAGGUGGAGCAGGGUGUAGAAGGUGUAACAGAGGACAUGUGCAGAGAUAUGGUUCUAAAAUAUGAGCCAUCAGCCGAAGGCAGGGAAGGGAUUUACCUCUCCAUUGAUGGCUUUACACACUACCUCCUCUCCUCUGAGUGCCACAUCUUUGACCCGCUGCACAAACGUGUGUGCCAGGACAUGACGCAGCCCUUGUCCCACUACUACAUCAACUCUUCACAUAAUGCCUCCCUUCUGGAAGACCACUUCUGGGGUUCAUCCGACAUCAGUAGUUACAUCCGUGUUCUGAGAAUGGGCUGUCGCAGCAUAGAGGUAAUUGUCUGGGAUGGUCCUGAUAAUGAACCAGUGGUGUAUGUCGGUAGUUCUGUGGCCUCACAGCUCGCGUUCUCCAAGGUCGUGGAUAUCAUCAACCAAUAUGCCUUUGAGAGCUCUGAGUAUCCCUUGAUUCUCUGUUUAGUGGCUCAUUGCUCUGUCCCUCAGCAAAGGGUUAUGGCCCAACACAUGAAAAAGAUUCUUGGGGACAAACUAUAUGUGGAUUCCCCCAACAAAGAAGAAAACUACCUACCCACUCCUGAGAAACUCAAAGGUAAAAUCCUUCUCAAGGGCAAGAGGCUAGAGCUGAGCUCCACAGACCCUGAGGGUGAUGUGACAGAGGAGGACGAGGGUCUAGAAAUGUCCAGAAGAGUAGGAGUAGAUGACAGGGACCAGCUAAAUGGCUUGGGUUGUAAAAAACUCCGUCUGUGCAAGGAGCUGUCUGAUCUUGUGUCACUCUGUAAAUCAGUCCAGUUCAGGGACUUUGACACAUCAAAACGGAACCAAAAAUAUUGGGAGAUUUGCUCCUUCAAUGAGGUUGAUGCAAACAGGUUCGCCAAUGAGUUUCCAGAGGAAUUUGUCUACUACAACAAGCGCUUUCUCUCUCGAGUGUACCCCACCCCGAUGAGGAUUGAUGCCAGCAACAUGAACCCCCAAGAUUUUUGGAAGUGUGGCUGCCAGAUUGUGGCCAUGAACUACCAAACACCUGGCCUGAUGAUGGACCUCAACCUUGGCUGGUUCAGACAAAAUGGCAACUGUGGCUACGUGUUGCGGCCAGCCAUCAUGAGGGAGGAGGUGUCCUAUUUCAGUGCCAAUGCUCGGGAUUCCCUGCCAGGGGUUUCUGCCCAGCUACUUCACAUUAAGCUCAUCAGUGGGCAGAACCUACCCAAGCCUCGUGGCUCUGCGGCCAAGGGUGACGUGGUGGAACCUUACAUAUACGUGGAGAUUCAUGGCAUCCCGGCUGAUUGUGCUGAGCAAAGAACUAAAACCGUGUCACAAAAUGGCGACAACCCCAUUUUUGAGGAGAGUUUUGAAUUCCAGAUCAACUUGCCCGAACUGGCGGUCCUGCGCUUUGUGGUGCUGGAUGAUGACUACAUUGGAGAUGAGUUCAUUGGCCAGUACACCAUCCCAUUCGAGUGCCUGCAGCCCGGCUACAGGCAUGUCCCCCUACAAUCUCUGACAGGGGAGUUCCUACCCAACACCACACUCUUUGUCCACGUGGCCAUCACAAACAGACGUGGAGGAGGAAAAGCCCAUAAGAGAGGAAUUUCUGUCAGGAAGGGUCGCAAGGCCCGGGAAUACACCAACACUAAGACCACAGGGAUCAAAGUGGUGGACGAACUCUUCAGAGCAUCGACCCAACCCCUUAGGGAAGCCACAGACCUCAGAGAAAAUGUACAGAAUGCCAUGGUGUCCUUCAAGGAGCUCUGCGGGCUGACGCCGGCCGCCAACAUGAAGCAGUGCAUCUUGACCGUGUCCACCUGGCUGAUGAACAGCGAGCGCUCUCUGCGGGUGACAGUAGACCUUAGCGAGACCUACCCCACCAUGGAAGCUGAGGGUCUGGUGCCCGAGCUGCUGCGCAAGGUGCUCAACGCCUACGACAUGAUGAUCCAAACCAGCAGAACACUGAUCGAGUCGGCUGACGUGGUCUACUCCAAGCUGGUGCAAGCACAGCGUGCAGGUCUGGACUUCCACGAGGACCUGCAUCGCAUCGGCGCAAAGGAGGGCCUGAAGGGUCGCAAACUGCAGAAGGCCAUGGAGAGCUACGCCUGGAACAUCACCGUCCUCAAGGGCCAGGCAGACCUGCUGAAGCACGCCAAGAACGAGGCACUGGACACCCUGCGUCAGAUUCACUGUGCAGCUCAGUCCUGUGGCCUCAGUAAGAACGGAGCCUCCUCCCCUCAGCUGCAGCAUCAUCAGCCCCAUUCCCACCCGCUCCAAAACCAGACGCAGCUUCAGGCCAAGUCCCCGCUGCAGCCCCCACUGCCAUCCCCGUUACACACCCAAACCUGGACUGGACCUCAUUCCCCGCUCCCACUGCUUCAAACUGUUCCAAAACCACCCGCUUACACGCCCCCGCCAGCCCUGCCACCACACUUCCAGUUCCAGCAGCGCAUGGCAGCCGGACCCCUGGACUCCACAACGGAGAAGGAGAUGUUCAGCGAAGAUCCGGCGGGACCCUGCUGACCCGCAGCCUGUGCCCACGGAGACGAGCACCCGAGAGAGAGUGAAAAAGAUGAGCGGAAAGGUCUGGGACCGAUGCAGAAAGUGGCGAGCGGUAUAGAAAGGGAGAUGGAGGAUAGCGUGCACCAGAUGAUGAUGAUGAGGAAGACUCGUCGCGUUAGAAGCGAGACGCAAGUGUGAAGGUCAGACUUGGUGAGAAAGCAGAAGAAGACAUGUACUGUAAAUGUGCUUUUCUCUGUCAUAGUCCACUCAUUUUAUUCAAAGUUUUAAAUGCCAAAAAUGACCACGUUCACAGACACAUAUAAAAGCCACCAUGUAGACUAAAGAAUUUCCUAGCAUGUUUUUAGUUGCUUUUUUAGUUGUCUCAUUUAUAUGAGAUUAUAUAAGAUACACUAGGCCUUUGUAAAUGGAACACAAUCUGAUUGUAGGUGAAUACAUUUUCUCCACUGGAAAUUAUGCAAAUUGUACAAAAGCCAGGGGUCCUAAGCAGGAACCCUGAGGAACUCCGUUACACUGAGUUCCCACAAUAUCUAAACCCGGUUACACACAUACCACUUUUUUUUGUUUUUUUCUUAACAGACUUUUAAAUUGUGAGAUUUUCUUAACUUUAAAUUCAAGUGUGAUGUUCCAAUCCACUUGUAUUUCUCCCCUUUUCUUCCAAUUGGCUAAAAUGGCAUCCUGGUGUAUUGGUACAAAUUUUAAAAAAUCCCUGGGUGUGUCUGUGUGUGUGUGUGUGUGUGUGUGUGUGUGUGUGUGUGUGUGUGUGUGUGUGUGUGUGUGUGUGUGGACGUAGCCUUUCACAGCUUCAUGUUAAGCUUUGUCUUCUUCUGCUAUCUCCAAAGUUCUCUCUCGGGGUGACAUUCUUUUCCACACACCCACACUUGUUUUAUUCUACUCUGUGGGUACAGGCUGUGACUCAAGCCCGCUUUUCUUUGGGGUCACUCUUUUCCCCUGCAUUUUUAUUUCUUUGCGCUUUUUACCCCUCCUCUGGCAAAGGUUUAGAGCAUUUGUUUGGUUUAAGGGGCACGUAGAACAAUCUGGAAUCAAUCCUCGAGAUUUUAGUUUUAACAUCUUGGACUCGCUUCACCCAACAACCACGACCAGAAGACGUGACUCAACACAAAGUAUCGUGAAACUAGAUGUAAGCUAUUUAAAAUGUAAGAAGGGAUGAUACAAGGACUCUUGUAGACACAAAUGGUGGCUGUUCUACUAAUUGUUGUUAGUUCUAUGGAUAUUUUUUAUUUUUAAUUAUGUGAUUGUCUGGACAGUCGCCGCACAAAGGGACUGUAAUGGGGGAUUACGGGUUACACCAGGGUCCAAAACUAACAAAAUAUAUAUAUAUAUAUAUAUAUAUAUAUAUAUAUAUAUAUACAUACAUACAUACACGCACUGCAUACAUACACACACAAAUACGUGUGUGUGUAUAAAUAUACCGGGUUAUUGAAAAGUAACUCCCUAUUUUUCAGUACUUGUAAUUUAUUUCUGAACUAUAAUUCUUACAAGAAGUGAACAUGAGAAGAAAGUAUAUUACAUGGAUUUUUAUUUAAAAUGGGGAGCCAGCAUUAGCUACCAGUUUCUCAAGCCGCCUGGAAACCGCAUUAACUGAUUUCACAAGGAACUCUUGUGGGAUGGAAGACAACUUCUCGUAUUCGUCCUUCAAGUUCUUCCAAAGUCGUUAGUUUGGUAGAAUAGACUUGCUCCUUUAAUCAUGGAACAUACCCAAAAAAAUAAUAAUAAAUAUUUUAAAAUAGGGAGUUACUUUUCAAUCACCCUGUGUGUUUAUAUAUAUAUAUAUACACACACACACACAUAUAUGUGUGUGUAUACACGUGUAUAUAUACAAACGUGUGUGUGUGUGUGUAUACAUGUAUGUGUGUGUGCGUGUGCCACUGCAAAGUGAGUGUGGAUUCUGUAAAAGCUCCUUGAAGUGACCCAUUAAAAGUGGUGUCAUGGUU